GGUGUCACAGGGUGGGUAGCGCUGGCAGCAGCCCCGGGAGGGCUCUGUGGCGCUGCCACCUGAGGAAAUGUCCCCUCCCUGGCUCCGGGGGUGCCUCCCCGGGGGCAGAGCUGGCAGCAGGGCCUGUUUGCCCACAUGCCACCCCUGGUGGUCACAGACCUUCCUUCCAGGGAGGAGGAAAGCCUUGGAGCCAGCCUGAGCACAGACACUGAGUCAGAGAGCUGGGCGCUGCAUCACACCCAGCAGCAAAAAAGUCUGAGUCUGAGAGACCUUCCCAGGUGUUGUUUUCUCCCUGAGGGAUUUCUCCCCUGCCAAAAAUCAGGAGAAAACCUCACUGGCACCAGAGCCAAGGGGCUGGGAGCCACAGCCCCCCAUCCUGGGGUUCAGGAGGGGACAGAACCCCCAGCUGAGCUCGGGAAGGGGCAGGACAGGCAGUGCUGCCAGCCCAGGUGGCAGCUGGGGCCACCACACCCUGCCUGGGCACCUCCUCCUUCCCCCGGCAUGGAACACGCAGCAGGAUCCAAGGAAAACCAGCGAGGGCUCAUUUUCCAUCUGCCUCUCCCCGGAAGCACCGCGGCUUCUCCCGCUCCAAAAAUCCCUCCCAACUCCUCGCCUGGAGCAGAAAGUUCCAGCACACGUGGAGGCUUGGAAAACACUCAGGGGUUUGGGAAGUGUUGGGAACAAACCCCUCCCUCCAAUCCCCAGUGCAGAGCUCGGAGCUGGAGGGACGCGGGGCUGGGGGGACAAAGGGACCCUUUGCCACGUCUGAGGGACACUGCCAGAGAAAAACUCAUCCAGCCUGGAGCCAAAUCCUCUACAGGACGGGUGCCAGGUGCUGUCCUGGCCACAGCUCUCCCCGUUUCAUCCCAGGAGCCUCCCGGACCAUCCCCAAAAAACCCCUCUGAACCCUGCCCUGGCUUUUCCUUCCAAAUGUCCCCGUGUCACAGCGCCAGCGUCACGUCCUGGGGACGGGGACAGGGCCAGGAGGCCCCAGCGCUGCCGCUGCCACCGCUGGCGGGGAAUUCUUCACCGAGGGCUGGGAGCUGCCGAGCUAAAAAAAAGGAGAGGAGGAGGAGGAGGGAGAGGAGGAGGAGGCGGCUGCGUCGGAUGGGUGGUCUCUAGAACGUUCCUCCCUGUUCCACCUCCGAGGGCAGAGCCAGGCACGAAUACAGGAACUGGGGCUCGCCCAUGCCUUUCCCCAGCGCUCCAAAACAAGGGACGAGCUCGGAGCAGGAGAGGCAGCCAGGGGACCCUGGGGUGACAGGGGCUGUGUCCCCCCGGUGCCACCGCGCUGUGGGAGCCCCCUGCGCUCCGGGAAAUCCAAGGAUCAGGCUAAUCCCGGGCUAGAGUGACCCGUGGCUCGCCUGCGAGCCAAGCUGCUGUAGCAACAGCCCAAAAUAAUGCUGCAAAACAAGCCCGGGGGAGCAGCCGCCGCCUCUCGCCAGAGGGAAGCACGGGCUGCAUUGAGCAACAUUUUCUGCUGCCUCUCAACUGUGACUAAAUCCAGCAACAGCCCCUUUUAGCCAGAGCCAGAACACACACACCAAAAAAAAAACCAACAAGGAAAACAGUGGAAAAGCAAGCGGAGAGCGUUCCCAGAACCGAUCCCUUCCGCGGCGGAAGCGGAGCAGGCUCCAGCCCGGCUCCCACAUGCACGUAUCCCGCUUUUCCCAGGCGGUGGGAGAGGCUGGGAUGGAUCCUGGGGAUCUGAGCAGGGUGCUCCGUGCCCACGGGACCGUCUGGGCCGCGCUGAGGUCGCAGUGCCAGGAUCAGACAUGGAAUGAGCCCUUUGCUCUGCCCUGGGAGGAAAUUCCCCACGGCUCCGUGGCUGGGUUUGUUUCCGUGGGGUUUUCACUUAAUCCGUGCUUUAGGGCCGUGACUCUUCACAGGGGCCAAGCUGAGCUCGGGUCCUCACCCCAGCCCUGCCCCGAGACCCCUGGGUGGCCACCAGGGCAGGACAGUGGCACAAAACCAGGUGUCCCCCUUCUUGUCCACUUUCCCCUCACCUUCUCCUCCCUUUCCUCCCAAACCUUAAACUCCCCACAGAGACCUUCAGCGUCUUCUGGUGACCAACACACUCCAUCCCCAGGGCCAGCACAAGCCCCACCCCAGUGGCCAGCACCAUUUGACACCAGCCCCGCCCAGCCCAGCCCCGCA